AUGGCUGGUGAACUUAUACUCUUGACCGGUGGAACAGGGCAUCUUGGUUACCGUACCCUCAUCGAGGCUUUGUCGAAAGGCUACAGGGUUCGAGCUGCCGUUCGAUCGGAAGGAAAGAUUUCUGAACUCAAGGCUGCGAAGUCCUCCCAGCCAUACCUUGAUCGACUGUCAUUCAUCACCGUCCCAGAUGUCGAGAAAGAGGGCGCUUUCGAUGAAGCCGUUAAGGGCGUUGACUAUAUCGUGCAUGUCGCAUCCCCCCUUGCACGCCCUUCCGACGAUGACGAGGCCAACAUCAUUCAGCCAGCAGUCCGGGGAACUUUGAGUGUUUUGUAUUCUGCGCUUAAAGAGCCUUCUAUCAAGCGAGUUGUCAUCACCUCAUCGGUUGCGGCAGUUAUGCCCUCAGAUCCAAGCAAUGCAAAGGUAUUCACGGCCGACAAUGUUGAGCCGGACCCACACGGGCCAUAUCCCAGCGCGUUUGUUGCUUACGGUGCCAGCAAGAAGCUUGCGUACAAUCGUACCCGAGACUUCAUUGCCAAGGAGAGGCCUAAGUUUACUAUUAUCAAUGUUAUGCCCACCUUCGUCAUUGGCAAGAACGAGCUGGCCACCACUCCAGAGGCGGUCAGAUCUGGUUCAAACAAUCUCGCGUUCAUUAACCUCAUGGGUGGCAAGAACCCUGAUGGACUGCUGGCGAUGGUGUGUCAUGUCGAUGAUGUCGCCUAUGUUCAUGUCGCUUCGCUGGACCCUAAGAUUGAGGGAAAUCGGAACUUCGGGAUCAAUUGGCGUGGGGGGAGAGAAUUUGCCUGGGACGAUGCCAUUGACAUUGUCAAGAAGCACUUCCCCAAGGAGGUGGAGAAAGGUGUGUUUCCACUGGGUGGUUCUGUGAAGUCAAUCCCGGUGCCUUUCGAUGCUAGCAAGACCGAGGAGGUGUUUGGCAUCAAGUUUAAAGAUUUUGAGGAACAGAUUGUGAACCUCGCUGGUUAUUACGCCGAAGUUGUGGCAAAAGCGUGA